AUGUCAUACUGCACGCAGUAUGAUGAGGGAUGUGAUUCCGGCAGUUUCACCUCACCGGUGCCUUGGAUCGGCCUGUACGUUGCAGCAUCAUCUCUGGGUUGCAGCCUUGCUAUGGCUGCUGACGCCUUCCGGGGCUUCCGCCACCAAAAACUCUGGUUCCCAUGCAAAUUCUUCACCCUCAAUGCCGCUUCUCUGACAUCUCUGGGUGUAGCAAUGAAGCUCCCUGUGGAUGUAAGUACCCCCAUGCCGAGCAAAACUGAUCAACUAGCAAAAUUUAGCAGCACUGUUUUGAUGUCAACAAUAAUGGCUAACUUUAUGCCUUCUUUAGGAGCCAUGCAUGAUAAAAACAUUCUGAUGAACGUAACCGCAUUGGGUAUCUUCGUGAUCACCCUUAUUGUGAAUGUAUGUAUCCAAUUAGGUACUGGGGUGAUUUACACUCUUGUGAAAGAACAGGCAAUUGUGAUACUUUUCGUGUUUGUUCUGUUCGUGAUAUUGAGUUUCUCUGCUUUAGCGGUUCCAACAACUAAAAAAUAUCUAGAACUGAAAUACAGUGAAAUGCAAAAAAAAGUUUCGAGUGAGGAAUCAGACGAACCUGGUAAGCCUGCGGCUGAGAAACUGAAAGAAGACUUGAGGAAAUAUUGGGUGGUGGCAGAAACCGGUUGCCCCCAGUUUGCGAUGGCACGUUCUGCUCCCUGCUCUGCUUCAGGAGCCAUCUGCUUUCUGACUGCUAUCCUCUUGGCCGAAGCCGAGCUUCGAAUUUACUUUGGGCACUCACCUCCUGGUGGAACGCAUUCGGAUUACAAGUGGUCAACCUAUUUUAUUCUGGUGAUUCAGACCGUUGGCGUGGGCAUAGGCACAAUAGCCCCAGUAUUUAGAUGGUUCAAUGCCCUUAGAUUCAUGAGUUCAAAGAGAGGAGACAAGAACUACAAAACGGAAUUUAAAACAGAAAAUUACUGGAUAGAAAGGCUGGUGGAGUUGAAAGAGCGCCCAUUAGCUUUACAUAUUGGGGGCCAAAAAUACAGAAAACUUGUCCACAACACCAAAAAUCUAUUUCUUGACUUAUGCAUUAAGGUCCAGAUUCUAAUUGUGGUGGGGAGCAAAUUAGUUCUGCUCUUACCCAUUUUCAUAACAAGCCCAUUCUUGCAGUGUUGCAACUCCUGCAUGGGGUCCACGAAGAAGUUCAACUCUAAUGACCCAGGCACAGACUCGAAUUGGGAAUCCAGGGCAGGAGUCAAGCAUGGUUCAAAGCUGGAUCUUAGUCGAUACGUUUUGCAUCUUGAAGGUGAAGAGGAACUGCCUCAGUGGGUCAUGAAGAACAACAGAGAUGUUGUUAAUCAUUUGAUUAGGAUUGGUAAACAGCAGCAGCCCAAAUAUCUAAUAGGGUUGCUCGAGAAUUCUACCGGCUUUAAGGGGGUGACCGAGUUUGACAGCAACCAAGUUCCAUCUCUAGAUUCUUCUGAGCCUCCUAAUUGUUGGACUCUCCCACUAGUGACCCUAACAAGCAUCACCAUUGCACUCCCCAACAUUGAAAACGAGACGGUGGACCGAUUGGUAUGCAGUGUCAGUGAAGGCCUGUUGUACAGCAGACUUGUAGACAAAAAUCUGGACGCCAGAAGAGAAUUGCGGAAUAUAAGACACACGGCAGACACAGUGUGGCUCGGUGUUGAACUCCACCGCAGGUGGCUUCACGAGGAUCUCCGAAAAAUGGUUCUUCAAGGAAAUACUCCUAAGAAUACUCUUGAAAGGCUUGCUCAUGUAGCUGAAGAAACUGUAGUGGAAUUCAAGAGAAACAUAGAUGGAAGUUUGAAGGAGAACCCUCUCCACUGGCCCAUCAAAGUUAUUGCUGCCAAUUCAAUGUACAGAAUCAGCCAAACUAUACUGCUGAACAACAAGAACAUUAAUGAACAGACAAAUAGGAGAUUGUUUGAGCAGUUAUCCACAAUGGUGGCCGAUAUAUUGGGUGCUUGUCUAACCAGUUUACCACACAUCAUAACCAUGAAGUGCUACACCUCGACCAUUGAAGAGACGGAGGAGAGUGUUCAGGAUGCAGCUCAUCUUCUUGGUGAAACAGAAAAAGUGGUGGAAAUUGUCAAACAGCAUCAAUUACCCAGUUUAAAUCCUAAUCAAGUGGUAUAUAUUGAUGAGUGGCGGGCUACAAUGAUACAGAAGAAUGACUUGCUCUCCAGUCCAUUGACUAACGAGAUAGCUUCUGUUGGUUCUGGUGAGUUGCAUAUAGCAAUUGACUCUGAGGCUUGACUUGAGAAAAGAGAAAAAAGAUGGAGAAGUAGACAGGUAUAACAUAAAUAUAUAAAUAUCCCUGAUUAAAUUGGCUAUGACCAGAUUGAAUUGGAAUCUGAGAAUCCAAAUGCGUAAGAUGUAAAAAUGAACAAGGUCACGCAAUAAUUUAGAUGUACACUGUACAAAUUCAAAAUUUUAGCGUGUAUAUGUAACGAAAAUCCAUGCAUGGUAUUUUAAUGACUAGUCAGUUGAUGCAGUAACUAUGACAAAAUUUAAAUUCCUCUCGUAAAAAAAGAGUUUAAAUCCUCAAUACACAAAUCUGAAGAAAUUCCAGGAAACCGGCUCCUUCCAUCCCUU